CGUGCAUGGAUUUGUCACCCACACACCAAACCUACUUGCCCAAACUGAUCACAAUGUCCUACUCCUCCCAAUCUCUCUCUGAUUGUAUUUAAAUAUGAGUCUUUCGCUUCAUUACCUGACUACAUCGUGAAGAUCUGGCAUCCCCUUUCCAUAGACACUGAAUCCAUAACUUUGUUAUGAAACAUUUACUUGGAUUACUGUGCGGCCUUUCAGCUCUUGUAGCUACAGGUACGUCUAUUCAUGCAUGAAAAUCAAAUAUAAAAGAAAUUGGAAGUCACUGUUUAGUAGAUGUACCACAUGCAUGUAUUCAUUGGGGGAUAUCUUAAAACUUUGCAAGCCCCCCCCCCCUUUUUCCCCAGAAGAGACUUUCAGUGAUUGAGAAACCUCUGAAGGUCUCCUCACAUACAGCAUUGUGAUCUGAGGUCAGUGGAAGCUGGUCUGAGGUCUAUGCAAUGGGGAGGAAGACGUGCAUAAGUAGAGCGUGCCUCCUAUUUCCGUUAGCUCAUCAAAGCUGGCGGUGGCGGGAAGCAAAAAGAAACCUCCUGUGGCUGUUUGACAGUCAGUACGAUGUUUAAUAAAUUAUUAUAAUUUAUAAUAGAAAGUAUCACUUUUAUAAACUGCCAUUAGUGUGGGAUACUACAUAACCAUUUUGUUUACAUGCAGGCUAUGUCAGUCACAGCCAGGGGAAGUGUAGCUAGGGUUGCAUAUACAGAAAAAAAAGUAAUUUAACGCUUAAAUGACAGAGAAUUGAGCAGUGAGACUGUGGGGGCAUGAUCUAUACACCAAAACUACUUCAUUAAGCUAAAGUUGUUUUGGGCACUAUAGUGUCCCUUUUAACCCUUCACAUGCUGUCUUUAAUGACGAUCACUAGUUUUAAGCACCUUGAGUUUAUGUUGUUCACUUCAAACAUAUACACAUCAUAACAAACCUUCUAUAUACUUAUAUAUAUGUUUGUUAACAUAAAACGAAAAAGAAUGAUGAAUAAAAACAAGUCUAACAAAAUUUUAAAUCCAUCUAGAAAAUGGAGAUUUAAGUUGCUCGUUGUGAAUUUGUUUGAAUCUUUGUAGAGUCCUUACUGAAUUCCCAAAUAUUUCUUCCAGGUUACUCUCUCUCGUGUGUAAAGUGUUUAGCACCCGGCCCCAACUCCUGCAAUGGUACCAGCAUCAACUGCACUUCUGAUCAAGUGUGUUUAUCUUCUUAUGAAGUAACUUCUCGAAGUAUGUUUUAGAUUUUGAUUUGUUUAAUUCUUCAUUUUUUAUUUUUAAUAGUUAUGUGGAUCUCUUUCAUUUAAAUGUUCACAUUUAAAGACUGCAACUGGGGAGAUGUUUUUCUGUUUUAAAUUUAAUCUGAAUUUAACAUGCACAUGUCAGGACUGGUCAAGGAACAGACUUAGAGCCCAAUUUUGGGAAGGGUACAGCUAGUUUACCUCCCAGUUACUUACCCUCUCAGGGUUUGGGUGGUGGAGCUCAAGAUGCAGGAACAGAAAGCUGAGAGGAACAGGAAGGUGCCAGGUAACAGACCUGGAGAACCCAAGAAUGUAGUCAGGUCUGGUGGAAGUUCAGUCCACGUGGUUUGUAGGUAAUAAGACAGGUCAAAGGGUAAAUAACCAGUUCAGGAUUGAACAGCAGAAACACAGUUGUUCACAAAGUAAAGGAACGUUCAAGCAAUAAUACAGUGCCUGGAGCAGCCUUAUAAAGGGGUACAUAGCGUAUACCCCCUUCUGCAUCAUAUCCACAUCCAGUGUUGUUCUUGCAUCACUCUGCCCAUUUGCUAUAUCCUUUGCUAUGCCAGGUACUCUGCCUGUGGCAUCAAUUGUAUUGACAGACGAUGCUGGCCGCAGCAUUACUUCUGGUGACUGUGCUACUCGCACCCUGCGUUGUGCACUUCUAGAUUGUAAGCUCUUUGAAGCAAGGUCCUCUUCAUCCUAUUGUCCCUGUAACAUUUUGUGAAUGUCUUGUCUAUUGCUAAAUUUCCCCCUUUAUAAUAUUGUAAAGUAUUGUGGGAAAUGUUGGAAUACCAAUAAUAAUAAUAUUAUAUAAACAUUCUUUUUUUUCAUUCAGCCUGCUUAUUUAAGCCACUAAUAAAGAGAUCACAGAUAGUAAGUGUCCCAUUUCACUUUUUCGUCUGACAUGUUUUUACAUUUUAACUUGUCCUCCCGGAUGCUCUGAUUCAAUAUUCUAAUCUCUCUUUCCCAUUAAUAUCAUGAGUCGAGAGGAGGAAAGCUAUACUAGCGUAGGCUACUGUCAAAACCAAUUUGGUUGUUUCAUUUAAUUCUGUAACUAUUUAACUUUUUAAGUAACUUAUUUGUGUUUGUUUAUAUGCCAUUAUGUGUUGUAUCUCACUAAAAUAUUUUUUGUAUGAUGUCUACAGACGGAGUGAAGGUGUCUGAAAUAUUUUCUCGAGAUUGUCUGCCUAGGACACUGUGCGAUGUGGAAGGAUCUUGGAGUGCGUUGGGUGGCAUGAAGUCACAAGUUGCCACAAGAUGCUGCUUCUCUGAUAAUUGUACUCCACCUGAACCCAAAUGUAAGAUCAUAAUGUUUGAAACUUGUAUUGAUAUUUAUCAAGUUUAUUAAUCUCAACAACAUAUCACUAUUAACCAUUAAAUUAUUAAUUUUUAAGAGGCAUUGUUUACAUUCAUCCUAUUGGCUGUAGGUUUGUUCAUACAUGUACAUGUAAAGAUGUACGGAUUCAUAUAAAUCCAAAUUAGAAAAUACACAGUUCGGGCGUGUCCGGCUUCCGGUGAGAGAGGACGCAUGGCAUAGGAGCUCCGCCGUUAUCCCGACCUGUAGCGACUAAAUGAGCGACUGACCCACCGCUACCCGUUACCCUGAGCUUACGGGAAUAUCACAGCACCCUACAAUGCCACCUCCUAAGCAGUUAAAGCUGUCAGAAAUGACAAAAUCGAAAAGAGCGGACCGCCGCAAAGAUAUCCAAGAUGGCGACGACACCUCUAAUUUAUCUGAUGGACAAUCAGACUACGAACUAAGUUCAUCCAAAUACUCUGAAGCUCCAGUGACGGAACGCAGCCUUCACAAAAUGCUGCAAGAACUUAGAGCUACUAUAACAGCGGAUUUUCACUGCAUUAAUGGCGAUCUGAGGAAAGAAAUCUCUAAUAUUGGUGACAGGACCAUUCACCUGGAAAAUAAAACGGACGAGCUCUGUAUAGCACAUAACGAAGUUGUGGAUAAGGUUCAGAAAUUGUCUGAAGAAAACUCUUUAUUACGUGACAAACUUGCCGACAUGGAAGACAGGUCAGGAGGCAAAAUAUAAGAUUCAGGGGCAUACCGGAUGAUGUUACGCAAGAAGCACUACCAGCGCACAUUCUAUCUAUUUGUAACACCCUGGUCCCAGGCCUACCUAAUUCCGCAUGGGCUUAUGAUCGUAUGCACAGACUCCCACGGCCUGCGCAUUUACCAAAAGAAGUCCCUAAGGAUGUUAUCGUAAGAUUCCAUUACUUUGCUCACAAGGAAACUUUGCUGGCAGCGGCGAGGAAAGCCCCAACACUCCCAGAACCUCAUCAACGGAUUGCACUCUUUGCAGAUUUAUCAGCAGCUACGAUGGAGAAACGAAGAAGUUUCAUCACAGUAACUAAAACUUUACGGAACAACAACGUGGCUUACAAAUGGGGUUAUCCAACCAAAUUAAUCAUCUGGCGACAAGGCCGCAACCACAUAGCGACUGACCCGACAGAGGGUAUGAAGUUGAUUUCAGCUUGGGGACUAUGGACUGGUACUCCUCAAAUCCAAAGCAAAGCUCCGGUUAAUGCAUCCCCGAGGAAACUUCAAGCAGACUGGCAAAUGGCGAAAUCACCAGCCAACACUCCAUGACCUCCUUAUGGUUACUUAUGUCCACAAAGUUAUUGAUAAGUAUCUUGGAUAUGUAUUUGAGUUUAUAACACUUCGUAGAUUUAUACCUGAUGUUCAAGUUAGUAUUGUCGAGAUACUGUCAGUUUAAGUCAUGUAUAUAGUUACAUUGUUGUACAUGCUAUAUUCCAGAGAUGUUAUUAAGGGAUUAUAAUUAUAUGGCUCACCCAUAGGACGAGGUGCAGACUGAUAUUCUGGGUACCUUUUACUGUAAUAUCUUUAUGUAGCAUUGGACACAUAUUUGCUACAUGCAGAGUAGUUUAUGCCGAGCUUUAAGUAUACCUACCCCAAACUUCAACUGAUACGGUUCUGGUAGCUCAGACCACAUGUUCAACUCGCUCUGCAGAACAGUUAUUGUCCACAUGAUUUGCAGAUAUUUUGAGUGAUUUUUUACAAUAUGUGAUUGCAUACCCAAUAUGUUUAACUUCUUCUAGGGGGCGAGGUCUUCCUGCACGGCUGUGUAUUGAAGUUCUAGACAGUGUUCCACCCCUGGUACUGGUACUCCAGUCCUGGAGUGUUAUAUUUAUAUAUAUAUAUAUAAUGUUAGAUUGCAGGCACGAUUAACUGACAUGGGCGCAUAUACCCAGAGCCUGUAUCCGUCUUAUAAUUAGCAACCACCCAUAAUAUUGCCUAGCCGAUGACGCUACCGCAGGACAAAGAGGUGUUACUUAUCUCUAUAAGACCUCACCCUGAGGGACACCCAAAAGCAUCUACUACUGUGGAUGUCCAAGGAAUCACUCGCUCUAUAACAAGAGACGGCUAUGCAACACACAUUGAAUUGGAUAGUCUCACAGUCACACCAUCUAGAUUAUUCUGAGUCAUUGGUCGGGAGGAGCCCACAAGACCUCCCUAGGUCGCCAUGGGAUGUGUUCUUACAUAUCCUACGGAUGACGGUUUAUGUGGAACCCACUAAGGGUUUCCUCUGUAUAUACCUGUGUUAUUGUUAUUGUUUGUUUAUCCAUGGUUUUUUCCCUUUCCCUCUCCCUCCACUUCCACCCUCACAAGUAGGCUUUGUUGCUCACACCACAUUAGGCCGUUACAUGGCAUUUGGAAAUGUCCACUCGGAAGGGAAUAUUGUGAAUGGCCCCAACACAAUCUGGGAUCCCAUGUCCCCGGAGUGGGCAACGGGGUAUACCUCAAGGGGCGCUAUUCUGCACAGUUCCAAACUAAGAUGCGACAGAGGUCCAAAUCACCACUUCACUUUAUGAUAUAGAUGCUGCCUAAUACACUACAAAUCUUUUCCCUUAACGUUAAAGGCCUCAAUAGCCCCUACAAACGAAAGCAACUGCUGAAAGACAUACAUAAAGCAGGAGCUGCGAUUGUAUGUGUCCAAGAGACGCAUCUCGCGAACCGUAACCCUCCUCAGAUCCGUUCCCCAAUGUACCCACAAAUGUACCACGCAUACUCACCAACUAAGUCCAAAGGUGUUGCAAUUUUUUUCCACAAAGAUUGGCUUUACACAGCUCAAAAUCAAUUCACCGAUCCAUCUGGCCGCUUAUUGGUCCUGGUAGGCGAACUGAAUGGUAUUCAAGUAACGGUGGUAUCGCUUUACGCUCCUAAUGAAGCUCAAUUCUCAUUUCUUAAUAAGGCAAUUAAGAAAAUACAUUUCAUUAGAAAGGGCCACGUUAUUAUUUGUGGUGACUGUAAUUGCACCCUCAUGCCCUCUUUAGAUAUACAACGCACCAAAAACAAACCUCCCAAUAAAUUAUCUAUUCACAAUAGUAAACUGUUCUCUCGGCUUCUCCAUGAGCAAGAUCUAUAUGACACAUGGAGAAAUUUAUUUCCAACAGCACGAGAUUACACUUAUUUCUCACAGGUACACCUAACAUACACACGCAUCGACCUGUGCCUAGUCGACAAACAUACCCUCCCACAUCUUAUGGACCAAUCCAUUGGGCUUCGGACAUGGUCCGACCAUGCCCCCAUCCUGGUUACCCUAGCAGUGCCAUACCCCACAAAAGGGAGAGGUAAAUGGCGUUUGAAUGAAUCUCUCCUUGAUAACCCUGCUGAUGUUCAAUAUAUCUCCACGGUACUAGAUAAUUACUUUGAGGUUAAUUCCACUGAAGACACCACUGUAGAAACUCAAUGGCUAGCACACAAAACAGUUGUCAGGGGUCACUUCAUCAGAUUGGGUUCCAUAGCUAAAAAAAGCUAUAUUUCUAAAGAGACUGCACUUCGCCAUACCCUUAGGAAGUUAGAAGAAUCCAAUAAACAAUCCCCAUCUAAACCAGUCACCCGUCAAAUUACCAAAGUACAACAGGAUAUUCACCUUCUUCAAUCACAAAUAUACACCAAGCAAGUACGCAAAACCCAACAAUUGUAUUACUUUUCAGGGAACAAGGCAGGCAAGAUUUUGGCUAACCAACUGAAAGCAAAAUACCUACAAACUAAAAUCCCUUAUCUAUAUUCCAAAGAUCACGCACGAAUAUAUAACCCGAAUACGAUUGUUGAAGAAUUGGCCGGUUUUUAUGAAGACCUGUACAAUCUUCGCAAUAACCCCAACACCAAAUCCCCCAGUGUUGUAGACAUUACACGAUACCUCUCUCGAAUCACACUCCCUCAAAUACCGACGCAUCACAUGAAUCUUUUAGACGCACCGUUCACGGAAAAUGAAGUGAGUAAUGUGAUUAAAUCCCUGCCAAAACAUAAAGCACCGGGACCUGAUGGUCUCUCCAACUAUUAUUAUUUGAAAUUGGCAUCGCGAUUAAUACCACACCUUACAAAACUAUUUAACAAAAUAAGAACGACAGGUAAAUUCCCACAAGAUAUGCUAGAAGCUUACAUUAUCACCUUGCCUAAGCCAAAUAAACCACCAACAUAUUGCGGUAAUCUCAGGCCGAUUUCAUUACUUAAUGCCGACGUUAAGUUGUAUGCCAAGCUGCUUGCCAACAGAAUUCGCCCCCUGUUGUCCUCAUUAGUCUCAGAAGAACAAGCGGGCUUUGUUUCUGGCAGGCAGGUUGGGGACAACACCAGAUACUGUAUGGACUUAAUUGAUUGGGCCAACCUCAAAAAUAAAUCAGGUGCUUUGUUGGCGUUAGAUGCGGAGAAGGCAUUUGAUCGCCUAAAUUGGGAUUAUAUGUCAGAGACCCUGUCGGCUUUUGGUUUCUCCAAUGCUUUCAUUACCAGCAUUAUGGCCUUAUAUUCUGCCCCAUCUGCUAAAGUUUUCAGUUCUGGCUUCACAUCACGUAAUUUUCGUAUAACCAACGGUACGAGGCAAGGGUGCCCCUUGUCGCCCUUGAUCUUCAUUUUAUGUUUGGAACCUCUAGUUAGAACGAUCAAACUUGAGGCGGCGCUACCCGGUAUAGAUACCCCGGCAGGAGAAAAAAAGUUGGCACUUUUUGCCGAUGAUGUAAUUAUCUUUUUAGCUAACCCAGCUGAAUCCAUUCCUCACCUAUUACAAACACUGGCCACGUAUGGAGACAUCUCCUAUUACAAGAAUAAUGUUAAUAAAACCCAAAUACUACCCAUAAGACUUAAUAAGCAAUUGGUGAGCGAACUGAAAAACACAUAUCAAUUUGCGUGGCAAACUAACGCAAUUUCGUACCUAGGCAUCAAAUUAACGCACUCCAAAUCCCUAACACGCAAUAUGGCCAAAGGCAGAACUACUGUACCUUGCACCACUAUCAGCCCUCUCCGCCUUAUCUCCCGACCUCCAAACAUCUAAAUAGUCAAGCUUAGGUGUUACGCAUGUACAUAAAUUGCUUGGUACAAAUGGCAUUCACCCUUUCCCAACACUGCAGGAACGGUACAACUUACCCUCGAGAGAUAUUUUCUUGUAUCUGCGUGUAAAACAUAUCUUACUGUCACAUUCGAUUGAGCACAUUGACCCGCUGUCACUUAGUAAUAUAGGCUCACAAUGUUACCAUACUAGACUGAUACGUCCCUCUUGCAAACUUCUCUCCCUAUGCUAUAGGACGCUGUCUGAUAUUCACGGACACUCCAAACUAACUUACAUGAAGCAGUGGGAGACAUCGUUAGGAAUAACCCCAACUCUCAUGGAAUGGGAACAAGCCAUCACCUACACCAAAAAAUCUUCGAAAUGUGUCAUACUUUGGGAAGCCUACUUUAAAAUGUUAAUGAGAUGGUACUUGGUCCCGAGCAAGAUUCAUAAAAUUUACCCCAAUUCUCCCUCAAUAUGCUGGCGUUGCAACUCCAGUUUAGGGUCUAUAGAACAUAUAUUUUGGCACUGCCCCAAUCUGCAAAACUUUUGGAAGGAUGUCCAAACAACUAUUCGUGCGAUCUGUAAGAUUACAUUCCCGCUAUCCCCAGAAAUUUACUUGCUCCACAUUAUCCCUAACCUACGUGAUAUACCAUCUAGAGACGCAGUAUUAAAUAUACUAGUGGCAGCAAAAAUUAGCAUUGCAGCCCACUGGAAAGACACCAAGCCUCCUUCUUUGAAGGAGACUCUAGGAAGGGUGGAGGUUACAUACCACCACGAAUGCGAAUGGGCAAAAGGAGGUAAUAGGUCACACGUUCUGGACAAAUGGAAAAAUUGGGAGUCUUUUAAAGAUUCUCAUGCUACAAGGUAAAGAGCAGAUCCCGCAACUAAGAGUGGAUAAAGUACUCUAUCUAGAACAAGGCCUACCACUACAUGACGAGUUACUAGGCUAUCCUAUCCCACUAUACCUAGUAAGACUACUAAGCCACAUCCAUACCACUAAUUUGCUAUACCCCGCUAUAAUAAUAAAAGUACUAUAACCUAAGACAAGAUGCGCCCUACUGUACCCUUCCCACUCCCCCCUCCUCCCCUUUCAGUUAUUACGGUUAUCUCAUGUAUAUAUAUUUGUAACUGUUUAUUUAUAUCAAGUUCUUAUUAUGCUAGCAUAUGUCACAUAAAUAUUUGCCUGGGAGCAGUAAGAAAGUUUCGAAUGAUGUGUCCACCAUGGAUUGAGGAGAACUUAGGUAUAUCACAUAAAUUUCGCCCACUACCUAUAAACCCUCAUAACACUACAACAUACGGCAAGUCCACUUGAUCUAUAAGUUACCCUUACUGGCGAAACUACAUACCCUUCACAAUAGGCCAAGCUACCCUGCAUCACCUUUACAGCUGUGUUUUCUCCCUCUCUUAAUAUUAUAUCUUCAUAACUGCUAUCCUGUUAUCGGAUACUUGGCUGUACAUCAAGCAGAUACUAAUGCAGCAGAGGGGAGAGCGGUUUAGAUCAGCCGUGUAUAUAAAAUGGCGACAAAUAUCGAACUUCAUGGCUACAAUCAAUAGUAAUGUUUACCUGUGUAUCCCCAUAUGUAUGUAUGUAGGUACCUAAUGCGCCAGACCACUCCUUCCUUCACAUGGUGUAUGUAUAUAAGCGUGUAUAAAGUGAAACAUGAUAAUAAGGCUACUGUAUAUGUCAUUACCGUAAUUUUAUGUUCUUUUAUGCUCUUUUAUGUUCUUCCUUUCUGUUAUCUUGUUUGUGUAUCAUAAUAAGCUGUAUGUAUUAUGUUACAUGAGGAACUUGUCUCCUCUACUGUACCUCUUUAUAAAACAAUAAAAACAUACAUUGAAAAAAAAAAAGAAAAUACACAGUUCGAGAUGGCUUUCUCCUAUCAGCUUGCUUACUGUAUAGGGCGGUGCUCUUGCCUUCAUUUUACUAAUUGUAGGUUAAAGGAACCUUAAAGGGUCAGGAACACAAACAUGUAUUCCUGACCCUAUAGUGUUAAAUACAUCAUCAAGCCAACCUGCCUCACCCUUGCCCCGCUAAAUAUAAUAAAGUCUUACUUUUAUUUCAGUCUGCUGCUGGCUCUGCCCCUGAUCUGCCUGCUUGGCUGACAUCAUUAGAAGUGUUGGUCUGAGCUAAUUACAAUGCUUUCACAUCAGGGGCAUAGCCAACACAAGCUAAACACAGCUCUGGCCAAUCAGCAUCUUCUCAUAGAAAUUAAUUGAAUCUAUGCAUCUCUAUGAGGAAAGUUCAGUGUCUCCAUGCAGAGGGUGGAGACACUGAAUGUCAGUCACAGUGUGCAGCACUGCCCCAGGAAGCACCUCUAGCAGCCAUCUGAUGAGUGGCCAGUAGAGGUUUCCCUAGGCUGUAAUACAAACACUGCAUUUUCUCUGUUUACUGCAAAAAGCCUGAAGGGAAUGCCCACACUCACCAGAACAAAUACAAUAAGCUGUAGUUUUUUUCUGGUGACUAUUUUGUUCAUUUGAAAUUCUGAGUGUGCGCAGAGAGCUGUUUGUUUGCAAAGUCAGUACAACAUUUACAAUAACUGCUACAAAUAAAACUCAGCCAACUAUUUAGAGUUAUAAGAAACAGCCUUUCAGUAAUGCUAAAAAGGGGAAUAAGGGGCGCACCCGGAAAAUGCAGUGGUACUACCGUGAAGAUCACAAUUUAUACAAAAUACAGUUUAAGGAACAGUACAUUUUCAAAGUUAACUUUUAAAGUUUCAAAUAAAUAGUGAUUUGUCAGAAUUUCUGACAAUUGCUAUAAUGUCUGAAAUCCUGAAAUGCUAUAAGGACCAAUCAUUAACAAACGAAACAUGUAACAGACAAAUAGUUUAAUUUUAUUUGUCAGUCAGAGUUCCAUUUCGGGCAUCAAAAAACGAGACGAUUGUGGGGAGAAAAUAAUGAUUGAUGGUUAUGAUACAGUCACUUAAUGUUGAUUUUAUUCACAGAUCAUGUGAGAAGUGACAAAUAAAUAUAAAAUGUUAUUUUUUUUCCACUGUUCCUCCUUUAUUCCCCUUUUUUGGUUUCUUCUCCUCACGUGACAGGAAAAACCAAAAUGGCUGGAAAAUGGGCCUAUCUGUGUACUGCAAAGUAUAUACAUAAUAUUUAUAUAUCACAAUUUAGAAAAUGAAUUGAAUUUAAUCCUCUUUCCUUGUCAUCCCCUUAAAGUACCGGCUGUGAGUAAUGAAGUGAAUGGAUUGACGUGUCCAACAUGUAUUUCUGUAGAGUCUGAUAGGUGUUCCGCAGAAGAUGUUAUCCAGUGUACGGGCAAUGAGAAUAAGUGUUUUCUAAUAGCCGCGGACAUCACAGGUAAUGCAGUAUUACUCGUUUUUUACAAAGGUUGAAGAUUACAGGUUGAAGAAUUAUAUUUACUAAAGAUAAAUGCAGUCCAACACGGGUGGCUCUAUGGUAAAUCUGUAAUGCUUUGCUAGCCUUAAAGGGACACUCCACAUGCCCAAAUGUCUAUAAAUAAAAAUCACUGUUUUUUAAAUAUACUCCCAACGAAAACAUGCAUGCAUUUAAUUAUGCAUAUUUUCAUUGAGGUUCUAUCUAAAAGCAACUAGCAAAAAUUGCAGAUUUCUUGUUUGCAGCCUUUGCAAGCCCUCCCCUUCUAACCCCGCCCAGACUUUCAAUGUCUGUCCAAUCACAUACUUCCCAAUGCAGCUAAAUUAAAAGUCUUUCAAAAAGUUGCUCUGGCAGUUGCUGCCUCUUGAUUUGUGCUCCACUGAAUCAAGCAACCAGGAAGUAAUAUAUAACCAGUAAGGUUAUUUUACAAAAGUUGUAUUUUCUAUUGAAGUGCUUUAGGUGUGAAGAGUGUGUCUUUUUUUCAUUUUACAAAAAGUGCAGAUUUAAAAAACAAUUUGGUAAUUUUAUAAUUCAACCUUUUCCCCCUCACUUGAAGUCAAUCAGACAACCGGUGCUAUUACUUCCUGUUUGUUUAGUUCAGUGGAGCUAAACUGAAUGGCAACAAUAGCCCAGAGCACCUGCCUUGCAAAGACCUUUCAUUGAACUGUAUUGGAAAGUCUGUGAUUGGACAAUCACAGAAAGUUUGGGCUGGGAAAAAAUGGGAGGGCUUGCAAAGGCUGCAGACAAGAUAUUAUCCAAAUGAAAAAUGAAAAAGUGAUUUUUUUGGGGGGGGUAUUUGUGCAAAGGAGUGUCCCUCUAUGAGUCUGGAGUACAAAGCCUACUCUGCAGUACAAGUACACUAAACCAUUUCAAGCUUAAUCGCUAGAAAUGAUCUAACAUUAUAUGAAAAUAAUUGAAAAAUAAGUACAAAUGAUAACAAGAACCAUAAAGAGGAUAUAUAUAUAUAUAUAUAUAUAUAUAUAUAUAUAUAUAUAUAUUGACACUGUGAGUUGGUCUGUAGCUCAACUAUAAACAAAUGCCAAAUUAAGACACAUAUAUUGUGCUGGCAGUUUAUAAAAUAUCCAAAACCUUUAUUUGGAAAUGCAUAAACGUGUUAACUUUAUUUUACUAGUGUACACCUUUUUUUUAUAUUGUAUAAUAAUUGUUUAUUUCCAAUAAUAAUAAUUAUUUGUUCUUCAGGAAACGUAUCCUCGUCCUUAAUAUUUCGUGGUUGCUCUACCGAAAUUUUCUGUGUCCUCGGAAUGCAGUCUGUAUCGUCGAAUGAUAUACAUGCGGAUUUAAAGGUUACAUGCACUAAUGGAAGUGCUGGCCCCUUUGGUGGAUUUUCCCUGUUAGUAAUCACUGUUAUCACCAUCAUGAUAUCAGUCAUCCACUGUAACUUUUUAUAGUUUAUAAAAGAAACCCAGGGUGAGCUAAAGGUCAGUGACACCUACGGACAGAAUACAUGUGGUACCUUGCGCUGGGUGUGGUUAAAUUAACCCUGCCUUUAUUUAUUGCUUUCUUUAUAUGUUUAUAUGACUGUAUGUGAACCUGUAUGUAACAGUGACUGCGGGGAUAUGCAACUGGUUAGUGACUGAAAGUGGGUGAGAGAUUGUUGAAAUGAUAUUUGAGCGACUUUUGCACCCCAAACACAUUUGAAUGCUAGAAAGACAUACAUAAAAUAGAUAUUAGUUAUAUGCAUAAAUAUUGUAUUAUUAAAUAAUUAAAUACUGCAUUAUUUUACAAGUUAAAAAAAUAUAAUGCUCACAAAAAUGUUUUUAGAAAAAGAGUUCCUAGUCUGAAUGGCUUUUCUUCAGUCUAGGGCUUUGAUUUACUAAGCUUUACACAUGCUAUACUGUCAACACUGUAAAACCAAACUUUCCCAAUGAUUUACAACUACAGAAGUCACCAUUAAAGUUUAAGUGGUAUUUUUGUAGAUAAAGUAUUUGGAAACAGUAUUGAAUAAUUUGAAAAGCUUAUCAAACUGACCUUUAGUGUGAGAUCCUUAUCUUGUCUCACACAGGAAGCUGCUGGCAGGGAGAACUGCUUUAUGUUGGCAUUAUCUGACAAUGAAGGUAGUUGUAAACACUUCAGAACACUGAUCAGUGACAUAAGAAUGACAAUCCUCCCCACAAGUCCUAUAAUAAUCUCUGGUAUUGAUUCUGAAACUGAGUUAUGGGGAAAUGUAUCUUUUGAGGACCUGUACAGGAACGAUGCAUGGGUAGAACUUCAAAAAUAAUAUAUUUUCACGCAUUGUACUUUUUUAUCCAUUCAUGUAUCUCUAUGCAUUUAAACUGCAUAUUUGUUUUUUAAUGUGUUGGUAAAAACUUUUUUAUUCAAUAAAAGAUAAACCCAAG